GCGUCUGGGGUUUGGAACGGCGGCAUUGAAGACCCGAGCCGUGCAGACGUGAUCCCCACACCAGAUGCUGCGCGACUGCCGCCUCGCCUCGGUCGCAGGCGCAUCUCUCUGCUAUACCUAGCACGUACAGGCACAGAGCGGCUGAUCGGUCACAGAUGCGAGCGUCACGUGCUUUUAGUCGUCUCCUUCCCUAGCUAGCUACCCUGCAUUUCUUCAGAAGGGUUCAUGUUGCAGAGAGACGAUGGCGACGUUGAUCAUCACGGUGGACCCGGAGUGCUGCCGCUGCAGCAGCAAGAUCCAGAAGGUCCUCUGCUAUAUCCAAGAGCGAUGCGAGUUCGUCAUCGAGAAGGUGGUGUACGAGAAGGACAAGGUGAUCGUCUCCGGGCCCUUCGACGCCAACAAGCUCAGCUGCUACCUCUGGUGCAAGGCCGGCAGGAUCAUCAAGAACAUCGAGAUCCCCGAGCCACCGCCGCCGCCUCCUCCUCCUCCUCCUCCUCCUCCUCCUCCUCCUCCUCCGGAGCCCAAGUGCAAGCUGAUAUGCCCGUAUCCUUACCCGUACCCGUGCCCGAAGCCCGGCGCCUGGUCGCCGCCAUGCAGCUGCCCCCCGCCGCACUGCGGGUGCCAGUACAAGCCGCCGUCUCCGCCGCCUCCUCCGCCUCCGCUGCCGAAACAGCCGCCGUGCAAGUACCCGACGUGGUCGUCGUCGUGCUACUGCGGCGGCUACCCACCGUGCGUGCCGCCGACCAUGCCGUGCCCGAUGGUCGUCUGCGAUGACAGCCCGCCCUACGGGACCUGCACCGUCAUGUAACUGCGAACUGCUGGUGAUGCUGCUGCGUGCUGCCUGAUGCAAAUUCAAGCUGAUGACGUAUGUGCCUACGUCCGUGUGCGUGCCUAAUAACUGUGCUGAUGGUGUGCUAUUAACUUGCAAAGUUGCCUGCGCGACUGCUGUCAAAAUCCAAGUGUGUUUUGUAUUAUCCCGACUUUAUCGUAAAUUUGAACUUUACCUUACCUUCGCUCU